AUGGAGAGGAGGGGCCCCAGGACAGAUCCCUGGGGCCCCGGGACAGAUCCCUGGGGCACCAGGACAGAUCCCUGGGGCCCAGGACAGAUCCCUGGGGCCCAGGACAGAUCCCUGGGGCACCAGGACAGAUCCCUGGGGCCCAGGACAGAUCCCUGGGGCAUCGGGACAGAUCCCUGGGGCACCGGGACAGAUCCCUGGGGCACCGGGACAGAUCCCUGGGGCACCGGGACAGAUCCCUGGGGCACACCGGCAGGAACAGGGAGAGUUGGGACUUUUAGGGUUCCAGAUUUACCUUCAGAUGUCCAGAAAGUGAUUGUUGGUGGAGGAGAGCAGGAGAGGAGCCGCAGCCUGGACCAGGACCAGGACCAGAACCAGGACCAGGAGGAGCCAGAGCCCCCACACAUCAAAGAGGAGCAGCAGGAGGUGUGGAGCAGUCAGGAGGGGGAGCAGCUUGAAGGUCUGGAGGAGGCUGAUAUCACCAAGUUCUCCUUCACUCGUGUCCCUGUGAAGAGUGAAGAUGAAGAAGACCUCUGUCACUUUUCUACUGGACCAGGACCAGGACCUGGACCAGGCCGGACCUCUGACCCAGAUCCUCGUUUACAGCCUGUGAGUGACGAUCAGACCGGAGGCUCUUCUGAACCGGAGACCGAUGACAGCUGGGACUGGACGGAGACCGGAGAACCUCCGUCAGGUUCCAGCUCUCAGCAGAACCACGAAGCUCCCGUCAGCGCGUGGAAACCAGAGAAACCGUUCAGCUGCUCCGAGUGCGGGAAAAGAUUUGUCACCAACGGAAGCGUGAAGAUUCACAUGAGAACUCACACGGGAGAGAAACCGUUCAGCUGCUCGGUGUGUCAUCGCUCGUUCACGCAGAGCGGACACCUCAAGGUCCACAUGAGCACCCACCGCCGGGAGAAACCCGUCAGCUGCUCCGUCUGCGGGAAGAGCUUCCUGGUGAAGUAUUACUUGCUUCAACACAUGAGAACUCACACGGCGGAGGAACUCUUCAUCUCCUCGGUGUGUCGGAAAGGCUUCAUACAAGCAGGAAGUCUGGGUCACAUGAUCGUCCACGCCGGAGAGAAACGCUUCGGCUGCAGCGUCUGCGACCGGCGCUUCGCUCAGCUCUACCACCUGAAGAUCCACAAGUGUCUCGGCGGUCAGUCCUCGCCCUUCCAGCUGACCGAGGAGAACCUGGAGGCCGAGCCGCCAGCCAGCAGCUCAGCUGAACACAUGGAGACAGAAGCUGCUGGGGAGGACUGUGGAGGACCAGAACCAGGACCAGACAGGAGCUGUGAUCCAGAUCCACAUCUGAUCCCCGUCGCUGAUAUAAAGACUGAACCGUCCUCUGAAGCUGAAGACAGCGUUGACAUGGAGUUCUGGAGGGAGACCAGGAAGCAUCAGUCAGGGUUCACGUACCAGAGGAACAGGAAGUUGUUGCAGGUUUAUCCCACAUUUACUUUCAGCUGCUCCGACGACGACGAGGCCGAACUCGAACCCAAGACCGAGGACGGCGUCUACGGGACGGGACCGAACCACGUGAAAACUGAGGACGUGUCCGUCAGUGUGACAGGAGGUCUGGGCUCCUCUGAGGACAGUCACACUCUGCUGAGUCCUCCUGCAGGAGAGAGACCGCUCAGCAACAGCCUCAACUCUCACUGCCACACCGAGGAGAAACCGCUCCACUGCUCCGUGUGCGACGCAGGCUUCAGUGACAGCGAAGCUUUAGUCCAGCACAUGAGGAUCCACACCAGACAGACUCAGUUCAGAUGCAGGACCUGUGGACAGGAGUUCGCCUGGAGGAGGUGUCUGAACAAACACAUGGAGGCCCACGACCAUCAGAAGAACUACGACUGCAGCAUCUGCGGCAAAUCGUACUCCUGGCUUCAUCACUUCAGGAGCCACAGAUGUGUUCCUGUUCAGCCUCCGCAGGUCAAAGCAGAACCUGAUGGAGAGGACUGUUCAGGACCAGGACCAGAUAGGAACUCUGGUCCAGGUGCAGGAGACUGGGAGGACUGGACGGAGACCAGUGAGUCUGAGUCUGGUUUAAACUCUCUGAGCAGUGAAGAGGUUCCCGUCAGCGGUGAGAAACCGUUCAGCUGCUCUCAGUGCGGCAAAAGAUUUGUCUGUGAGGGAAGCGUGACGAGCCGGGCGGGGGAGAAACCCUUCGGCUGCUCCGUCUGUAACAGGUUCUUCACCCGGAACGGAAGCAUCAACAUCCACAUGAGAACCCACACGGGGGAGAAACCCUUCGGCUGCUCCGGCUGCGGGCAGAGGUUCACCUGGAUGAAGCAGCUCAGGAACCACAGAUGUGGAGAACCAGGACCACACAGGAACCCUGAUCCAGAUCCUCAUGGUACCUCAGAGACUGAUGUGGAGUCUGGAGGGGACGGAGAGCCUCCGUCAGGUUCAGACUCUCUGAAGAACGAAGAACUUUGUGUCGGUGACUCGAGACCAUUUGAACAUUUAGAGGAACACAGUAGAGGAACCGCUCCUUGUUCAGAUUGUGACUUAAACUGAAAUAAAAUGAAGAUUGACGAGAGAUAAAGCAGGUUUCUCUCCUGAAGUCUUGUUUCCUGAGAGUCUCUGAUAUCUUCAGACGUGACAAUAAAAGCUGAUAAAUAAAAUCUUUCACAACGAC